AUGUCCAGAGACUCGAAUAUCGGAGACAACACUGACCAUAGUGCACGCACCGUUUACAUCCCUUAUAAGCUCGUCAGAGCAGAAGACCUAGAGGCUAUAGACAAGAAAUUGCCCGACUUCUUCCCUGGUGGAGUAUGCAUGACAACAACGACAGAGGCUAUGGCGCAUUAUAAGAUUGAGGGACUCGUGGUCAAGGGUUCAGCAGAUUUCAAUCUACUCCGCAAACUGCAGGAACUUGAGCUCGUCAUGAAGGAAUGA